GACUCUUGUUAAGAAGUUGAAGAUUCGGCAUGUACUAUGGCAUAAUUGAGUUCAGUAUAAACUAAGGAUUAGCAACAUUUAUAUCUGAGAAGAAAAUAAAUAAUGUUUGACCCCUGCACAGUAAGAAACAAGCGGUCGACGUUGCAAGAUAUUGCUCCGAAAGAAAGCAAUACUUCUGUUCCUAAAAUACCUUUGCCGGCUUCAAGGUUCAAAACAAAGCAUAUAGAUGCUCUUUGUUCGCUUAUGCACCUUUGUUUAUUGCGGGAAGACUACAAUCGAGCAUAUCGUGCUUUCUCUCUUUUAUUGCGAUCAAAAGGUGUAGAUAUGUCAAAAAUGUGGAACAUCGGUUUGGAGAUAUUGAACCAAGUUAGACCCGAUGACUCGACAGAAUAUAUGGAACGUCUCAUAGCUCGUUUUCCUGCGAACCCAAAUAAGAAUCGUACGCAACGUUCCCUGACAUCUGAGCAAUUUUUUCCUGCAUACAUUUUACUAUUAAUUCAGAGGCAAGAGUACCAAAGGGCGAUGAAUUCCUUGGAUGAAUAUAUGCUUUCUCCACCGUUUAAUCAAAAUAAAGCUUUAUAUGAAUAUUCAGGAAUGCUAUGUUUUGAACUCGCCAAAAACGAAUCUUCAGAUGAUGAGCGAAACCACUGGCUUCAGAAAGCAAAGCAAAAUCUUCAUGAUGCGGGCGUCUCUUUGAAUGAAUAAAUAUUGCUUUUAGUACAAGCAAAGCAAAUAACCUGGCUUUCUUUUCUGCUGAAGCUCUGAUAGAUGUAUAUUAUAUAAUUUUCCUAUAUAUUCUUUUAACUUUACUCCUAUAAACAAGAAUUAUGGAAAAAUGUAAUUGAAAUGAAAAAUAAUAAUAUAUUAACCUACACAAGAAC